AUGGUCGGUGUCGAGGUUGGGGUCAAGGGGCUUGCUAAUCUCCUUCCAUUUACAGUAAUUGCCAUUGCGACCGAUACGAUUGGCUGCAUCGAAUCUAUAUUUGUGGCUACAUCAUCCUAUGCGUCUUGUUCCCAACCUUGGUCGCAGAUUCCUCUCCCGUCCAGUUCUCCCAUCGUCCUCAUCUUCAGAUCUCUACGCACAAUGUCCACAAAGACACUCCCAGUCCUCGACGCAAACCAACUCGCAGAUGGCCAGAUGAAAGAAGUCGCCUUUGAUGACGGAAAGGUCCUCGUAGCCCGUCUGGGAGAUAAAGUUGUCUCUACCUCCGCAUAUUGUACGCACUACGGAGCGCCAUUGGCAAAGGGCGUCUUGAGUGCCGAUGGUAGGAUCACUUGUCCAUGGCACGGCGCAUGCUUCAAUGCUUGCACGGGAGAUAUCGAAGAUGCCCCCGCAUUCUUCGGCAUCCAUUCUUUCCCGGCUAAAGUCGAGGAUGGAAAGAUUCACGUCACGGCAGAUCCAAAGUUUACAAAAAAGGAUGACAAUCUCGUCCGACAGGCCACUAUUCCGGAGAAGCUCAACCUCCAGGAGAGCACUGGAGUCGUCAUCAUCGGAGGUGGAUCCGGAGCUCUCCAUACAAUCGAGAGCUUACGCGAGAACGGCUACACAGAGCCAAUCACCGUUAUCAGCAAGGAAAGCUAUGUCCCAAUCGACAGGACAAAGCUGAGCAAGGCACUUCCGACCCAAGUCUCCAAGGUCCAACUGCGCACCCCAGAAGAACUCCGAGACCGCUAUGGCGUCUCCUUCAAGACGAAUGCCACCGCCACUAGUGUCGAUACCGGGUCCAAAAUCGUCAAGUACACCACACAAAGCGACACGACCGAGCUGACCCUACCAUACACUACACUCGUCCUCGCCGUCGGUGCUCUUCCACGUCGCCUGCCCAUUCCCAACGCGGAUCUAUCCAACGUCUUUACCCUUCGUUUCCUUGAGGAUGCGCAGAAGAUUGACCAAGCGUGCAAGACGGGCACACGACUCGUGGUCAUCGGAACGUCAUUCAUCAGUAUGGAAGUUGCUAAUACAUUGGCUAAAAAGGUGUCGAGCGUACAUAUGAUUGGCAUGGAGAGCACCCCGUUUGAGAUGAUUAUGGGUAAGGAGGUUGGUGAGGGACUCAAAGAGGUUCUCGGUAAAGGCAUCACCUUCCACAUGGAAGCGUCUGUCGACAGCAUCACGGCAUCUUCCGCCAACCCACCACUAGCGACGGGCGUCAAACUCAAAGACGGCACAGUCCUCGAAGCCGACGUCAUCAUUUUGGGUGUCGGUGUGGCGCCCGCCACCCAAUUCCUCGCAAAUGGCAAUAGCGGCAUCAAGCUCGAAAAGGACGGCGGAAUCGUCGUCGACGAAUACCUCCGUGUGCCUGGUGUGGAGAAUGUGUUUGCCAUUGGCGAUAUUGCCAUGUUCCCGCAGACGGAGAAUCGCUCGCCGAGGCGAAUUGAGCAUUGGAAUGUCGCUGGAAACCAUGGUCGCGCUGUUGGAAGGACGAUUGCCGGCAAGGGACAUCCAUUCUCUAAGAUUCCCAUAUUCUGGAGCGCGCAGGGUUUGAGGUACUGCGGACUCGGUGGAAAGUCCAACUACGACGACAUUUUCAUCAAGGGUAAUCCCAAAGAGGGCAAGUUUGUUGCCUGGUACUUUAAAGAUGGCAAAGUGACUGCCGUAGCGAGCAUGGGCAGCGACCCUGUGGUGAUGAAAUCAAGCGAGCUCAUGCGUCUCGGAAUUAUGCCAUCCGCAGAAGAGAUCAAGAACGGAGCGGACGUCCUCCAGAUUGAUAUCAGCUCGUCCAAGGCAAAGGAGACGGUGGAGAAGCUCAAGAGUUGGUAA